AUGUCUGAGGAUACUCAGUGUAACCAAGAACUGGAGUCACCUGGUCUGGCAUGGCCAGAAUUUAAAGCACGAGUUUUUAAUCCAACUGUUAAUAGCGUUAGCCUUGAGUUUUCUUUGCUGGAAAAUGCACUGGUCUACAGCGUGGAACAAUACCAUAAUCGACAUGGCUGGCAACAGGCGGAGUGGACCAGCAGCUCUCCCGUGGAUGUCACCAAUCUGGAGGAGAACUUUGGAUAUCGGUUACGCAUCAAAGCGCUUCAGAUUGCCGAAAGUGGAAACUGCUACGUGGCUAUAGCCAUCUCGCCGGACAUAAUAGCUUGCACGGAAGCUGCACUACCAACAACAAAUUGCCUUAACCGAGCCAUUAGAAAGGGUCAGCAAUUUUUGGUGAAACGUAUGCUGCGCCGGCGACCUAGUCUUAUAGAAUACCCCGAUUCCAAUGGUUACCUGCCCCUAGCCAAUGCUAUUAUUCAGGGCGAGAUGUGUAUUAUAGAUGUCUUGCUAUCAGCAGGCUGCAGUGUUCAUGUGGGCAAUUCUGCUAGCGGAAGAACACCAUUACAUUUGGCUUUCUACUUCGGUCAUCUGCCAUCAGCGCGUAUCCUGCUAAAUAAAAAGGCACAGCUGGAGGCGAGGGACUGCAAUGGCCUGACGCCCACGCACUGUGCCGUCGAUGCUAAUCAGCUCGAAAUGGUGAAGUUUGCCUUGGAGUCCGGAGCCAAUCUGGAGGCCAGGGAUGCCUGUGGCUGGACUGUUCUCAUGCACGGAGUGCUUAUGGACUCAAACCUGGAGAUUAUCAAAGUCCUAGUUACCCACGGCGCAGACCUGACGACUCUGGAUGGAGUUGGGAAAUCCUGCAGCGAAUUGGCUAAGCUUUAUCGAAGGCAACAGGUAGCUGAUUACUUCGAAAAUGUGCUUAAAUGUAGGCUAAGUAAAAGCCUAAACCCAGGUAGCGGAGCUGAAGCUAAAGUUCAACAAUAA